AUUACUGGUCAUUCGGCUAAGAAACACACAUGAAAUCCUAUAGAAUGUACCCAAAAAAGAGCCUCCAAUACACACACACACAUUCUCAGACAGCUGAAAGCAGCAUUUGUUGCCAGCACGAGGCUUGAGCAACAGUCCUACAGCCAGCAAAAUUGACUUUUUUUUUCUUCAGCCACCAGAUUCAUCCAGGAGAAGCCACCAUUUCCAACCAGUGCUUUCGUGAAUGGAAUCAGAUAUGGUAAUGCAUUAUGGAGGAUGUCAUUGCAGGAGAGUAAGGUGGCGAGUCCAAGCACCAAGUAGUGUUGUAGCUUUGAACUGCAACUGUUCUAUUUGUUCCAUGAGGGCUAGCAUUCAGUUCAUUGUCCCUUCUGAAAAGUUUGAGCUUCUAGGAGAUUCCAAAGAAUUUCUUACAACCUACACUUUUGGCACGCAUACAGCGAAGCACACAUUCUGCAAGUUCUGUGGCAUAACUUCGUUUUACGUUCCACGAGCAAAUCCAGAUGGGUUUUCAAUUACUUUAAGAUGUGUUGACCCUGGGACUCUCACUCAUGUUGAGAUUAAGAACUUUGAUGGGCAGAAUUGGGAAAGGUCAUACAAUCAAGCAUUUGCUUCAUCCUCUCAAGGUGCUGGCUGCUGAAGUGUCGUUCUUUCUACCACCACUCUCCUCGCCUUCCCUCCCUAAAGUAGUACAAUAUUAUGGAAAAACCUUUGUGAUAUCGCUCUUUGGAACAUUCUCAAAGUAGGAAAAUAAAAUUAGCAAUGUUAGCUAAUUGAUUGGUUAUACGUGUAGCUAAUUGAUUGGUUACUUGUGCUAUUGACUUUGUUCAUGUUUUAAUAAAGACUUUGUUCAUCCUUAA